CUUCCACAGGAAGCUGUCGAGUUCAAGAUGUCGAAUGCGGUUUGCGAGAGCUAUAACAAAUCGUGGUUUGUCAUACACAAAUGUCGCCUGCGAGCAGUUAAUCGGGAUAAAACAACCAUGAAUUUGAAUGGAACUGUCCUGCAUCCAGCUUACGAUAUUUUUGUUAGGGCGCAAAUAUUGAAGAAGGCGAAUGGCUACAAGCCCUGGCUCUACAAUAUGAACAUCGAUGUAUGCCGUUUCCUGAAGAAACCGUACAACCCAGUUGCAAUAGUUAUUUUUAAAAUGUUCAAGGAGUUCACCAACUUUAAUCAUACGUGUCCCUUUAUAGGCCCACAAAUCGUGGAUGGAUUUUAUCUGCGAUGGAAAUUUUUGCCAAAUGUUCUGCCAACAGGAGAAUAUCAAUUGGCCAUGACCUGGUACUUUGAUAAGAGACCACAAUUUGUGACGAACAUCUACUUUACCUUCAAGGAGGACUUGUGA